CGUGACGGGCCGCCGCAGACAUGCGCUGUGUGUCGGCGCUGUCUGGCUGCCUCUCUGCGACUCCACCCCUCCUGCAGACGAAGGCAUGGCGAGCACCGAAGCUAGAAGGGAGUGUGAGACAGAGGGCUGCAGCGAGGACGCUAAACUCCAGUGUCCCACAUGUAUCAAGCUCGGUAUUCAAGGUUCCUAUUUCUGUUCACAGGAAUGUUUUAAAGGGAGCUGGGUGUCUCACAAGUUGCUGCAUAAAAAAGCAAAGGAUGACAAGAACCAGAAUGAGCAGAAGAACUGUGUGGAGAAUGACAUCAACACAGACCCAUGGCCGGGCUACCGCUACACAGGAAAACUACACCCUCACUACCCAUUGACUCCCAUGAGGCCCGUGCCCGGUGACAUCCAAAGACCUGACUAUGCCGACCAUCCCAGAGGGAUAUCCGAGUCUGAGCAGUUUCUGAAAGGGACGUCACAGAUCAAGACCCUUUGUCCUGAGGACAUUGAAGGCAUGAGGGUAGUAAGCAAGCUUGCCAGAGAAGUUCUGGACAUCGCUGCCUUGUUGGUGAAAGUGGGGGUUACCACAGAAGAAAUCGACCAUGCUGUACAUCUGGCCUGCAUAGCGAGGAACUGCUACCCUUCCCCUCUCAACUACUACAACUUCCCUAAAUCCUGCUGUACAUCUGUCAAUGAAGUCAUCUGCCAUGGCAUCCCGGACAGGAGACCUCUACAAGACGGAGACAUCCUCAACGUGGACAUCACCGUCUACCACAACGGUUUCCAUGGUGACCUCAAUGAAACCUUCUAUGUGGGCGAGGUGGAGGAAGAAGCGAAGAAACUGGUGCAGACCACGUAUGAAUGCCUUAUGCAAGCCAUCGACUCCGUGAAGCCUGGUAUCCGCUACAGAGAAUUAGGGAACAUCAUUCAGAAGCACGCUCAAGCGAACGGCUUCUCUGUGGUGCGCAGUUACUGCGGCCAUGGCAUCCAUAGACUUUUCCACACUGCUCCCAAUGUGCCACAUUAUGCCAAAAACAAAGCAGUGGGCGUUAUGAAGCCCGGCCACGUGUUCACCAUUGAGCCCAUGAUAUGUGAAGGUGGCUGGCAAGACGAGACGUGGCCCGACGGCUGGACAGCAGUGACCCGCGACGGGAAGCGCUCGGCUCAGUUUGAACACACCCUGCUGGUGACGGAGACCGGCUGCGAGAUCCUCACCCGCCGCAUGGAGGACAACGGCCGCGCUCACUUCCUCAACCAAGUGUAGACUCGGAACGCAUCCAAGGACUGGACUUUUCCAGAACACAAGACACACACACACACACACACACACAGACACACACAGACACACACACACACACACACGCACACACGCACGCUCACACAUAUUUCAAACAAGAAGCACCACUCCCUAGAGCUCAGUUUAACUGCCGCUCUCAUUGUUCUUUGAAUUAAAUAUCCUUGAAAUAAAUGGAAGUACUUGAAUGUGUCUUAUAUCAAACGCUUUAUUAGUGAAAACUGUACCCUCUGAAGGAACGUAUUUAUGAGAUAUGGUUUUGCUUAGUGGCCUGUCACGCCACCCAGAGUUUGUUACUGGCUGGCUAGUUGUUGUCUGUGGUGUGUGUGUGUGUGUGUGAUGCUCAGGGCAGAUACACUAGUAACAUCAUGCUUCUUUUCUCUCUCAGCCUCUGCUCACUUGACACUUCGUCUGAAUCCCCCAGAGAUGGACUGAAAAGAAUCAGCAAUACUAGAGACGGAGGAGCGUUCCCAGGGUUAACAAGAGUCAAAACCUCAAUGACUUAUUUUAGAUAUGGAAAAUAACACAAUGCUAUCAAACGUAACUAUAUUUAGUUUACAAUUCAGGCAUUCCCUGCCAAAGAAUUCAACAGCUAACAUAUUUAAAGGAGUAGUUUAAUGUUAUAAAAUACACUUUUGGCGCAGAUUUAGGGAAGAUCAUUACACCUCGAAGCCGGAGAAAACACCUGGUCCUUCUCUUUAAAACUAAAUGCCUUCCAGCACCCCGAAAACUCAGCAAAUUUACAGAAAAAAACUUGCGAUUUGUGGUUUUUAUAAUUGGUUUUCUGUUUGUAUAAAACAAACAAGGUGUAAUAGGUGAGAUUUUGAUGUGCUGGUAAGUGGAUUUUGUCCCCAAAAAAUAGCAUAUAAACAUAGUUGUGUACUAUUUUAAAAAGCUACACAAUCAUUUGACCAGUACCAGAGAAACACAUCGUCUUAUUUACCUGUUGACGUGUCCACUAGAAGCACUCAAUUGUUACAUCCUGAAUGUGGCUAUUAUUAGCAGUCAGAAAAUGUUUUCAGUAGAUUACGUCAGCCACGGUUGCUAGGAGAAUUGUGAUGCAACCACAGAGCAUCUUCAUAGAGAUUGAGAAUGAGAGAAAUGACAUUGAGCACAAAGUUGUUGAAGCGCUGAGCUUGUUAAUCUGAGGAAAACUCCUUUAGCGUCUCAUGUUUUCUAGAGCCCUGCUGUAGCAAAUCGAGCCUUAAUGUGUGAGUCUAGGAUUUAAAACAUGCCGGAUAUGUCACGAAAGUUAAGUGGUGUUUCCCCUUGUCUCUACAGUCACCCUUCAUCUCGACAUAGGGGUGACAUGUGAGCAGCUUUUCUUUCUAUUUUCAGAGGACUAAUGUGAUCACAGUUUCUCUGCCAUCUUUGUAUUUCUUCUAAUGGAGUAAUAAAUGACUCUUCUGUA